UGCAAGACACCAGUGCUCCAUCACCAUGGGCUUCUCCCGACGCAAGAAGUCUCAGCUGAUUGGUUUCGUCUGAUUUAACAGCACCUGAUCCUAAAAUUUCGGUGAUUGAUGUAGCUUCUGCUUGGAUCUUCGAUUGGUUUCACGGGUUCUGGAUUUGGAUUAACUUUGAGAAAGGUGAGAAAAAGACGAGUUCGUGUUGGAUCAUUUAAACAAAGACUUUUUGAGUAUCGAAACAAAGCUUUCAUUGCUGUUUCUUUUUCAAUCUGAAGUCAAAAUUCUGACAGCAACUGGGAACAAGUGGUGAAAGAAAAUAAAGGUCAAAAUUAAUUGAAGCUAUGAAGCCCAUUAAGUAGGCGACAAAGUGAAGUUAUAAAAGAAACCCUAAAUGGUUAGGGAUCAUCGGCAUAGCUUUUGAUCUCUCAACCCCGCCCUCGCUCUCUGUCAGAUCCGAGGUUAAAAAGAGAUGAUGAAGAACGUCAACAAGGCGACGCCUGAGUAUGCGACAUCUGAAACUUUGGUGUGGUGGGACAUGGACAGCUGUCCGCUCCCUAAUGGUUAUGACCCGAGUCGGCUCGGUCCGAGAAUAGAUACGGAGUUGAAGAAUCUAGGCUACAAUGGUCCGCUCACCAUCAUUGCCGUUGGCAACGUGGACGGGAUCCCUUAUGACUUCCUGAAAGUGCUCUCUUCCAACGGAUUCGUUAUUAAACACUCAGGACAAGACAUUCAUGGGGAUAUGCGCGAAUAUUUCAUUUCGCGUAGCAGACUUUGUCAGCCUCCUCCGGUGACAAUAAUGAUCAUAUCCGGCCUUCCUCUUCUACUGGAAUCAGUCACUAGAGAGAUUUACGUGAGGCCUGACUGUGGAUACAAUCUUCUUCUGGCAUAUCCACCGCAUAGUGAACCUAAACAACCACAUCCUUCAUGGCUCUGGGAUAGGGCUAGCUUACUGAAAGGGUCCUCCAACGUGGAGAAAAGAAGACUCGACAAAGGCAGUGUAAUUCCGUUUUCUUGCGGAUUAUGCUACUUUUUCUGCCCCAGCUUUGAAGAUUUCACCAGUCACCUCCAGAGCGCCAAGCAUGCACGCAAGGUUGAAGUGGAUAAUUGUGGCAGGGAUACCAGGUUUAAGCUGGCUCUUAAAGAAUUAGAGGCGGCUAAGCUCUCAGAGCCUUAUCUUGAUCAAUUGAGGUCAAAACAAUCCUCCUUUAAUCGUUUAUAUAAGCGUUGUACUGCCUUGAAGACGCAAUCUAAGGCAGAAAUGUUGAAGUUUCAAAAAGUUGUUUCUUCCCCUCCAAAUAAUUCUACUUCUAAGACGAAGAAGGGAAAAAGAAUGGAGGUUGAAAAAGAAUUCGAGUCUUCCCUUCCAAAGAAUACUAAGGCGAAGGAGCAAUCGGAGUCAAAAAAGCCGAUGAUUGAAGGAGGGUACAUGGACCUCCGCAGUGGUCUUGUUCUCUAAAGGGCCAUUUCUUAUGUUGAAUGGUUUGUUUAUUUUCAUGUCUUGUUUGUUUAUUUUUAAGUUAAACUUCAAUACUUUUAUCAACGUCUUGUUAAAUUAUCGGAUAUGGUUAUGGCAUGCCGAACUUAUGUUUUUAUAAAAACAAUGAUAAUAAUGUGUCUU